AUGCGUGAUAAAAUGAGGAAAUGGAGGGAAGAAAACUACCGAAACAGUGAACAGAUAGUGGAUGUUGGAGAAGAGUUAAUUAAUGAAUAUGCAUCUAAACUUGGAGAUGACAUUUGGAUAAUAUAUGAACAGGUGAUGAUUGCUGCCCUGGACUGCAGUCGAGAUGAUUUGGCAUUGUUUUGUCUUCAGGAACUAAGGCGGCAGUUUCCUGGGAGCCACAGAGUUAAACGAUUAACUGGAAUGCGAUUUGAAGCUAUGGAAAGGUAUGAUGAUGCUAUCCAGUUAUAUGAUAGAAUUUUACAAGAAGAUUCAACUAACACAGCAGCAAGAAAGCGUAAGAUUGCCAUUCGAAAAGCCCAGGGGAAAAAUCUUGAGGCCAUCCGAGAGCUGAAUGAGUAUCUGGAACAAUUUGUUGGAGACCAAGAAGCUUGGCAUGAACUCGCAGAACUUUACAUCAAUGAACAUGACUAUGCAAAGGCAGCCUUCUGCUUAGAGGAGCUUAUGAUGACUAAUCCACACAACCACUUAUACUGUCAGCAAUAUGCUGAAGUUAAAUACACUCAGGGGGGGCUUGAAAACCUUGAGCUAUCAAGAAAGUAUUUUGCACAAGCACUGAAGCUUAACAACAGAAAUAUGAGAGCUUUGUUUGGACUUUACAUGUCUGCCAGCCAUAUUGCUUCCAAUCCAAAAGCAAGUGCAAAAAUGAAAAAAGAUAAUAUGAAAUAUGCCAGCUGGGCAGCUAACCAGAUAAAUAGAGCAUACCAGUUUGCAGGUCGCAGUAAGAAAGAAACUAAAUACUCUUUGAAGGCAGUGGAAGACAUGUUGGAGACCCUGCAAAUCACUCAAUCUUAGGUUGGCACAGAGAUCCAAUAUUAAAUUUUCCAGUUCCAUGAUCAACCUGUAACAACCUAUGGGUUAUGUUACUCCAGUGCUGUUAAAAGUUAAUUUUGUAUUGAUUAACGUGCUAUCUAAAAUAAUGUUUUAUGAAACGUAAAAUGCCUAUUUAUUGCUGCUACGAGAAAUGUGAUGAAUACCCACUGAAAUGAAUAACUUAUCCACAAAGAAAACAUAAAGAAAUAAUGUGCUGCACAUCAGUGUCUUUAGAUUUUUAUAUCUACAGUACGUGCUUUUAAGCCAUAAUUUGUAGAAAUAAACUUGUUAAAUGAUUAAAA